UGAUAUUAUUACACAAAAUUAAAAGUGAUAGAGAAACACGCUGAAACAUUCAGCAGCCCUUUGCCACAGCUUUUCUGGAACCUGUUGUCAAGUUCGUGCUUUGAAAAGAGUAGUAGCACAACAAAAUCCCAGUGUUGUCUGAACACUGCCAUUUUGAAGCUUCAUUUUCUUUCAGUAUCACAGGAUUUUCAGUAACUAUUUGUUUUUUACUAGUGGGAUUAUAUUUUGGAAAAAAUUACCUCCUUUAAAUUGUGUGGAAUAGACGCAUCAGGCUAUUACAUAAUUAUUUUGAAGUGUUAUGUGUGAGUCUUCCAUUAUGCCUCAAUUCAUUUAAAAAUCUCUGAUUGAUUGCUGCUGAGUUUUCACAGGGAACCCAUGUCUUAUUUUGUUUAUAAGAGAGGAAGGCUUUCCUAAGCAUCACUUGUUUACUCAAGAAACACAUUAGAUGUGAAACUGAAGAGAUGUACAACACUGAAAUAUUCAUAGUCAGCCUAAGGCUGUUGAAUGAGGCAAUUUAUCCAAUCAAUACCACAACUUUGUACGGCUGCAUUGUCACUUCCUUGGCAUUUGCUUUCAUGCUGUGCUGUAAAUAAUCCUGCUGGCUCAUCCUAUUAUGGAACAAAUUACAGGGUUGGAUCCAAUUAAGAGCUUGGGCAGCACAUCAAACCUUUAAGUACUCGCCUUCGCAUAGGAACAGGGAGUCUUGAGGUAGACAUUUAGGCUCUUUAUCUGGUGCCCAGGAAGAGUUAGGACUGAAUGCAAUCCAAAAUACCACUCCCUGAGGUGACAGACAGUUUGCCUCUGGGGCAAAGAGAUGCUUAUAUUAAUAGAUGAUGUCUGAGGCAAAAGGGAUACAUGGGCAAACCUUAGCGAUGGUUUUGCUUGUCGUUUUGCAGAGCUCUGUCAGCUUGAAUUUGCUACCAAGAGCCUCACUUAUAAGAGCAAGUGAUAUUUUUUGAACAAUUGAGAAUAGUUUGUUAUUUUCUUUUAGAACAUGGUUAUUGGAAGACAUAUUACACCUUCCUAUCUCCCCAAAUACAAGCAAAUGGUUUUUAUUAUCUUGUUUGCUUUUUAUUGAAAUAAAGCAGCCAUGGCAGAAGGGAGAGAAUGGUUUCAGUUCCUGUUUUCACCUGAUUUUGUCAAAACUCACUCACCUCUUUCUUCCAAGAGCUCAGUUAUUAUUAGUGACAUGAUGUGACUGCAGUGGGAAGAAGCUGUAUUCUGCAGCUUUCUUGCCAUAGUUCUACCAGUUGCACUUAGUUCCCCCACAGAGAAGACUUUUAUAUUUAUGGGAUCAGAAAAAGAUUGGGAUUUUGUUAUCUAAUGAGCAGGAAAAGGUAGAGAGAAAGAGGAAAUUGUUCUAUUUUCCGUCUGAAGGUUGCUUACUCUAAAGUUUGGAAGAGGAGACUGAACCGUGCUCACUCUGGUCCUGCACAGGUGUUUUCAUCAUGGAGUUAGCAGUCAAAAGCCUGGUGUUCUGUACCUCCCCUAGCUGGAUUUUGAGUUACAGUGUGCAUGGAUGUCAAGCUUGCCUGUGCAUGUGAGAAAGCAUGCUAUGAAAAUACCUGCACGAUGUAUUUACUGUUGGAGGACAGGGGAGCACUGCCCAUGUUCCUUUCCUUAACCAGGACAAGCACUGAUGAGGAAAUCAUCACUAAGUUUUAUGUUAAGGGAGAGAAACCUGUUAAUGAUUCUUUUAGCUUACAUCUUUUGCUUCAGAAUUCAGCUGUGCUUUAUAGGCAGUUUUAUGUGAAAUUUUAGGUGCCUGCAGUGAGUUUCAGCAGAAAGUAGGCACUUGAAUCCAAAAACACCCUCUUGAAAACAGAUCCUGAGUUACCUAACCUAACCUAACCAAGGAAGUUUCAGCAGGUCACACUGAAAACACUUCCCAGGCAGAGGUCUACAGGCAAGGUGGCAGCAACAUGGCCAAAGCAGCAGCCACACUGAGCUUUGAGUAAAAGCACUCAUUUGUGAUGUUGGAAACCUGUAUUCAAGUAAUUUUUUUCAUGUAGCUUCAAACCCCCAACACCUACCGUCUUGUGAUUUGAAAGAGUUCAAUUUUCUGAGAGUGAAAUAUUUAACACAAAGUUUAUUGAGCUGGAGAUGGAGAGCAAACAAAAACAUGAUCCUCCAUUGUACUGAUUUGGACACCCAUCUUCUUUGGGGCAGAUCUGUUGCCAGUCAAAUUCUUCCCAAAGGAAUAGGAGGAGCAUCAGCAGCAUUACAGAUUGCAGCAAACACAUCUCAUGCAAAAAGCAGAAGAGCAGAAAGGAGAUCACUUUAGAGAAGGGAAGGAGGAAAUACAGUGAUUGAGAGAAGACUGUUCCGCUUGAAGAAGGAGAGACAUAAACUGACAAUCAAGUGCCUCAGGCGUUACACAAGCAACAUGUCUCGUCCACCAGGAAGAAAGCAGGAGAACCACAAAAUAAGCAGAGAACUUUUUGUACUCACCUAUGGGGCUUUGGUAGCCCAGCUGUGCAAGGACUAUGAAAAAGAUGAAGAUGUCAACACCUGUUUAGAUAGAAUGGGAUAUGGCAUUGGCAUAAGGCUGAUUGAUGAUUUUUUAGCUCGUUCGGCUGUGAAGAAGUGCCGCAGUUAUUCUGAAACAGCAGACAUGAUUGCACAGGUUGCUUUCAAGAUGUACCUUGGGGUCACCCCUAGUGUGAGCUGCAGUAGUGCCGCAGGAAAUGAAUUCUCCUUAAUCCUGGACAAAAACCCACUAGUGGAUUUUGUGGAGGAGCUGCCUGCAGAACGAGCAUCACUUUGCUACUGUAACCUCCUCUGUGGGGUGAUUCGAGGUGCUUUGGAAAUGGUUCACUUAGCAGCAGAAGUUACUUUCCUCCAGGACAGGCUGAAGGGCGAUGCUGUGACAGAAAUAGGAAUUACAUUUUUAAGGAAGGCUGAAGACAGAAAGCACAAAAGAAAUAAAUGAAAAAAAUACUUGGAGAAACCCUUGCUGAGGGAUAUUUUGCGUCUUUUGUUUCUGAAGAAGACAUAAAGGGUAAAAAUAGCUUUCCUGAGCCAGUUGCACCAGUCACAGAUUUGAAAGGUGAAGAGAGCUGGGCAGCAAACAAGAAUGGCAUAGCAGGGGGAGAGCCAUCUUAAUUGUCAUGACACAGACAUCAGUAUAAAAGAUCGAAUGGCCUGCCCUCCCUUCUCACAUAACCAUUCUCUUGAGCGCAGUGGAGGGGUUUUUUGGUAUUUAGUGCACACUGGAUGCAAAAUAUUCAUUCAGACACCAACUGCUUUCAGCUAAGCAUGAUCACCUUUUCCCAUUUUGUUGUUGGUAAUGUUUAAAAGCCUGGCUAAGAAGUGCUUUGUUUCCCUGGCUGUUUGUGGUUAGGAGUAAUGAAUUAAUUCACCGUGAUUGCUGCAUGCAGUGUCUCGCCGUCUGGUGCCUGUUUUGAUGUGCAAUGGUUUGCCAUGCAUUGGCCUCCACACCAGACAUCCUACUCCCUUUGAAACCUGGGAGGGAUGCGGUUUCACUGGUGGCAGGAGCCAGUUCCUUACAGCUCUUUCGGGCCCCACAUGCAGUUUUGCUGACACGCCUUAUCAGCCUCGUGUGUACGUCAGGCUGCCACACUCUGAUGACCGCAGCCGUGCUUGUGUUGCUUCAAGCUAUGGGCCUUUUCAUGUCAGUCUUCUCUUCAAGAGCACUGACCUUAUGACCGCACUGAGCAAGGCAUGGCAUAUUUAAUGUAUAGUCACUGUUGAUCUGUAGUUCACCUAAGGAAACUCGAAUAAAAAUUCAGAGAUUGCCACACAA